AUGUCCGCGCCAUUUUUGAUCAGCAACUCCGCCCUUGCUCCCCCCUCCGAACGUGUUGCUAUGACUCGUUGGGAAGUCUUUGCCCAUAAACCUCGCGGCAACAAACUUGGCCCAGCAUGCUCAUGGUGGAAAACAAUAUGGGAAGUUGCCAAGAAAGAACUAGCCCCAGAAAUGGAUGAUGCAUAUAGAGAUGCGUGUUGUUUUGCUUGCGGGGGAAUGAUCAUGAGAGAUUUUUGGACAGGCGCACAAGCGAACGGGGGGGACUUUCGUGAGAUGGUAGAAAAGAGGUAUCCUAAUCGAGAAUUCAGUGAAGUGGGCAUGGAAAAAGACUUCUAUUGGAAGGCUGUGAAGACUCUGGAGGCCGUCAGGAUAUAG